GUUAGUUUUGUAUCGCCUCCCACUUCCAAGUUUCACACCAAACAGAAACCCUCCCUUCAUUUUUUUUUUCUAAAUCAAUAAUCCCCAAAUUAAACCUUAAUUUCUCCGAAUCGGAUCCCUCCAUUUCACUUCGCAAUUCACAAUGCCUCUCAUCUAGUUUUCACAUAUAUGGUUUUUUGGUUGAUUUGAUCGGAGAGGCAUGAAGCGAGAGCUGGAUAGUGGAUUUGGGGCUGAGUCUGAACCGGCGGGUUUAGUCGAUGGGACUGAAUCGCAGUCUCUGACUUGGGAUGUGGCUCAACCGAGUUCCCAUGUUGUGAAGGGUGUUGGUGAGGGUGAGAGAUUUAGAGUUAAUAAGGUGAAUGGUUUUAUUGUUUAUACUCGUGUGAAAAAGUUUCGUAGCAGUGGUUCUGGUGAAUUGUUGGAGAAUAAUGUUAAUAGUCAGAGAAUUAAGGGCUUUCAGGAGCUCAAAAUUGCUAUGGAUCAAAGUAAUUUAGCGGUGAAAAAUGUAAUUGAUGAGAGUAGGGUAGUUGAAACUGUAAUUGAAGAAAAUUCUGUGGUAAAAAAUUUAAUUGAAGAGAGUCAAGUAGUUGACACAGUAAAUGGUUUCGACGGGCCUAUCUGUAAGGAAGAACCAAUUAGUGAAGUAGAGUGUAAGGGAGAGUGCAGUAGGGGGACUCAGUUUACAGUAAGUGACAGCAGUGGUGUGAGGAAUGGUUUGAAAAAGAAGGCUAAGAAGUGGCUUAUGCAAUCAGAGCUGAAGCCGAAGGUGGAGACUGUUGAGGUUCUGGUUACUCAAUCAGAAGGCUUCCAAAAUGGAACAAUGUCCUUAAUAGAAGUUGAGCCAAUAGCUGAAGGAAGUGCAUUGUCAAGUCCCAAAAAGAACUUGGAACUGAAAAUGUCUAAGAAGAUUGCACUGAAUAAGAAGCCAAUGACAGUCACGGAGCUUUUCGAGACUGGUUUGCUUGAUGGGGUAACAGUUGUCUAUAUGGGUGGUAUUAAGGCAUCUGGUCUUCGAGGCACGAUCAGAGAUGGCGGGAUUCUAUGUUCAUGUUCUUUGUGCAAUGGAUGCAGAGUCAUUCCACCAUCCAAAUUUGAGAUUCAUGCUUGUAAACAGUAUAGACGUGCUUCACAAUAUAUUUGCUUUGAGAAUGGGAAAAGCCUACUUGAGGUGUUGAGGGCAUGCAGAAGCGUUCCUCUGCCCAUGCUAGAAGCAACUCUUCAAAGUGCUCUUAGUUCUUCGCCUGAAGAAAAGUCAUUCUCCUGUGUGAGAUGCAAGGGAACCUUUCCUAUAACCUGUGUUGGGAAAAUAGGACCUGGGCCUCUAUGCAAUGCAUGUGCGAAGUCAAAAAAAACUCAAGCCAGCGUGACUUAUGUAACUGGUAGAAGAGCGAGGUCAUCAGAACCAGAUUUGGUCUCAAACUCUCCACCAAGUGCUUCAGUGUGUAUCACUUCACAGAAUAAGCGUCAAAGGAAGAAAUCAAGAAAAUUGUUGGAAGCAGAUUUGUACUCGAAGUCAUCCUCCAAAAGUGCUUCAAUGUCUAAGCUUUUAAAAAAUAAGAGUCCAUGGGAGAUAACAAGAAAGUCAUCAAGACCAGGUUUGAUCACAAAGUCAUCCAUAAGUGCUUCAGUACAUGUAUCCCCACAGAAUAAGCGUCAGUGGAAGAUAACGAAAAAGUCAAAAAAAUCAAUUCUGAUCUCAAGUCCCUUUGAAAGUCCUUUAGUGCCCACUUCUUUCCCAGAUAAGAGUCAAUGGAAGAUAACAAAAGACCAGAGGUUGCAUAAAUUGGUUUUUGAGGAUAGUGGAUUGCCUGAUGGAACUGAAGUAGGGUAUUAUGCGCGUGGACAGAAAUUGCUUGAGGGUUAUAAGAAUGGCUCUGCAAUAAUUUGCCGUUGCUGCAAUUGUGAGGUCAGCCCCUCACAAUUUGAAGCUCAUGCAGGUUGGGCUUCUCGCAAAAAACCUUAUGCAUAUAUUUACACGUCUAAUGGGGUCUCCCAUGAAUUGGCUAUAUCCCUUUCAAAAGGUCGUAAGUUUUCUUCCAAGGAUAAUGAUGACCUGUGCACCAUUUGUGCAGAUGGUGGGAAUCUUUUGCUUUGUGAUGGAUGCCCCAGGGCAUUUCAUAAAGAAUGUGCAUCUCUAUCAAGUAUUCCUCAAGGUGAUUGGUACUGCAACUAUUGCCAGAAAUCAUUUGAGAGAGAAAAGUUUGUGGCACAUAAUGCCAAUGCUGUUGCAGCUGGAAGGAUUUCUGGAAUUGAUCCUAUAGAUCAGAUUACCAAGAGAUGCAUUCGAAUUGUCAAAAACGUAGAAGCAGAACUUAGUGGAUGUGUGCUAUGCAGAGCUUGUGAUUUUAGCAGAUCAGGAUUUGGUCCACGCACAAUUUUACUUUGUGAUCAGUGUGAGAAAGAAUUUCAUGUUGGGUGUUUGAAAAAGCAUAAGAUGGCAGAUUUAAGGGAACUGCCCAAAGGGAAGUGGUUUUGCUGCAUAGAUUGCAGUCGGAUCAAUUCUGUUUUGCAGAACUUAUUGGUUCAUGAAGCUGAGAAGCUCUCUGAUUCUGAUAUGAAUGCUGUGAAAAAGAAGCUUUUAGAAAAUGGUGUACAGAUUGAUAGUAAUAUUGAUGUUAGAUGGAGGCUUCUAAGUGGAAAAGCUGCUACUCCCGAAACUCGGCUGUUGCUUUCACAAGCUGUUGCAAUCUUCCAUGAUUGCUUUGACCCUAUAGUUGAUUCAAUAAGUGGACGAGACCUGAUUCCAUCGAUGGUUUAUGGAAGGAAUUUAAGGGGCCAAGAAUUCGGGGGGAUGUAUUGUGCGGUCCUGACUGUCAAUUCAUCUGUUGUAUCGGCUGGAAUACUACGAGUUUUUGGUCAAGAAGUUGCAGAACUUCCUUUAGUUGCAACAAGUAAAAUAAAUCAUGGCAAGGGCUAUUUUCAAUUAUUGUUCACCUGCAUCGAGAAGCUGCUGGCAUUCUUGCAUGUGAAGAGCAUUAUACUCCCAGCUGCUGAAGAAGCAGAAUCCAUAUGGACUCGUAAAUUUGGUUUCCAGUAUAUAGAUCCAGAACAGCUUAGUAUAUACAGAAAAAGAUGCUCGCAGAUGGUGACCUUCAAAGGAACAUCCAUGCUACAGAAAGCAGUUUCGGCCUGUCGAAUUGUUAAUAGUAGUACUGAGUCUGCAGAAUGCGUUAGUGGAGUUGAAGUGGAAUGAAGCCCCAAUUUUGGGGUGAAGGGGACUUAAUUUCUUUGUAGUUUUUCAAAAUGUGUGUAUAUGAACACUCUAGAUAUUUGACGUAGUAUGUAAAUGUAAAGGUUCGUUUCAAUUUGCCUAUCUAGCAUUACCAAUUUAGCUGCAGUUGGCUUCAAUUCGUAUUCUGCAUGUAGUUUAACAAUUGAUUAGCAAAAUUUUAGUGACUCAGUUACUAUAACUAUAUGAAUAAUACCUAUAUAAUAUUUGUUUUUUUUAUUAUGUCUGAAAACA